UAAUAACAAAAAUUUACAACUUCGUAAAUUCAUUAACCAUAUCAUAAGGUUCAAUACAUGAGUUACAUAAAAGUAAAUACACUUGGGGACGGUGUUACAAUAGAUCAUCGUUUUCAUUCCUAUCCUCAUGAGGUCUCCUCCCACUUCUAUUUUCUUCUUAUUCAGUUCGGGCUCCAUGGUGCCACCACUGCAUCCGUCGUCUUCGAUAGAGUUGCAGGUGGGCCACAACCAUGGCUAGGGUUGUUUUGUCGGGGCUGGGAGUCUACAGAGGCGGGCUGAAGAGGGGGCUAGGGCAGGGGAGGUGAAGUUCUGGGCGAGGUUGGGGGUUGGGUUGAGGCAGGGAGGUGGCCGGGGUGAAGUAGGGGGCUGGGGUGACGCAGGGGAGGGGGCUAGGUGAGGCAAGGGGGUGGGUGAGGCAAGGGGGCUGGGGUGACACGGGGAGGGGGCUAGGUGAGGCAGAGGGACUGGGUGACACAGGGGAGGGGGCUGGUGAGGGAGGGGCUUGGGUGUGUUGGUUGAUAGUGGUGGUUGUAGGCGUUGGUCGGGGGUGGUGGGUGGCGGAGGUAAUUGGGCAUUGCAACGGCGGUAAUUGGGCAAUGCCGGCGGUAAUGUCACUGAGUGGCAUGUGCCGGUGUCACUGUACGUGGUGGUGUAACAUGCAAUAACAUUAGACCUAUAUGGUUCUAUUUUUCUUCUCUUUUGCAGGUGAGAACGACAGAAAACAAUGACCUUAGACAGACUUUGUUUCUUUGGUGGAUUGGAGGGAAAGACAACACUACCAGGAGCACUCUUAGGCAAGCACUCUCUGGAAUUAUACUUUGGCACAUCUGGAAAGCUUACAAUGCUUACAUAUGGGAUAACAAACCAUUCUCGAGGUCUAAAACAAUCGCAAACAUUAAAGAAUACACAUCCAAAUGGAUAUACACAAAUCAACAAAGAUCAUGCAUACAAUUUGAUAUUGACUUCCACAACGAUGGGCUCAUGCCGUUGAUACAGACAAACAAGAAGAACCCACAGCUAUUGAGAUGGAAAACAAACUCACAGUAUCAACUCACCCUCAAUACCGACACUGCCUUCAAAAACUCCAACGCAGCGGGUGGUGCAAUUCUGAGGGACAACACUGGACGUCUGCACUAAGCAAUGGCCUUCCCUAUCACAGCAUCCGAUCCCAUUCAAGCGGAAAUUGAGGCUCUCCAUACCUCAAUACAAAUUUUGACAAAAUGGGUUACUUCUCACUAAACAUCUAUAAGGACUCAGAAAUAAGAGUGAAAAUGAUCAAAGGAUUGGACACAGUACCUAGGUACCUGGAAUCGUCGAUACACAGCAUCAACAACCUCAGGCUUGCUCACAAGCUCUCCAUCUCCUAUCGACCGCGAGAAACCAACACAGUAGCACAUCAUCUUGCACAAACGGGUCUCCUGUCACCAAACCUCCAAACUUUCAAGGCCAACGACCUCCCUCUCAGAGCAAAAAAAGCAUACAAUAAUGACAUAGAAGGGAUUACCUACUUCUGUGAUGCGGGCUGAAGCGCUGAACCUUCGAAUCUGGAGAAUCGAUGCUCGGAAUCCUUCGGUCGGCUCUAGAACUCUCUCAUUAUACAAUGAACCCUUGAUGCGUUGGAAUAUUUUGUUGAGGCCCUAAUUAUUCUUUAAAUUUGGACGGCAGCUCUUGUGCCCAUGGCCCAACUAUCGGCCCAUUCUAUUUUGGGAUCUUUAACAUUUUUUUAUCAUUUGUACUCUUUCUUAUCAUUUGUAAUCCUUGCAAUUCAAACUUUCUCUUAAAAAAAGAGUGUCACAAAAAAAAAAAAAUAAUAAAAAAAAUAUUUCAUUUAUUUCAUAUUCUAACAAAUUAAGUCAAUUAUUCAAUUCAGUCUAUUUUAGUUAUACCAAACAAUUGCAUUUGUUUUAUUAUUUUUAUUAUAUAAUAGAGCUUCGAUAUCAAAGUAGGCUUAGUAAUAGAGCUUGGCAAAAAUUUAAAAUGAAAUGCGACAUAUUUAGAGAGACUAAAAUCAUAUUUAAGCACAGGGCACAUUACCAAAAAGUUGGAAAUGGCCACGUUGGUUCAUAGAUAGACGGCGGUCCUACGCCGGACCCGUCAGAUCGGUUUCGUCUUGUCCCGCGUUUGCGUGUCUCUCUCCGCUUGCUUGGCGCGUUCUGUCCAUACCGUAUCUGUAUAAAAUCUUUUUCCGUAUUUAUACUGUAUGUACGGAAUACAAUAUUUCGAAAUACGGAUAUAUACCGACACAGAAGUACAUUCUCAGUAUGUACGAUUGUACGUACAGCUGGUAGUGAGAGAAAGCUGUGAAGACUAACCAUGGAAACCCAGCGCUCGAAUUUCAAAGAGCUUAGUAUUCCUUCUCCCACCACAUCAAAAAGCCCCUCAUCUUCUUCAUCUAAGCAGACUAAGAGAAAGAUUCCAUUGCAGAGUAAGAGAAAGCUUGUUUCUAAGAAGCCUGAAAAGUUCAAAUCUGAGGCUAAACAAGUAAAAUCUAAUAAUCCCAGAAAGGCAAAGAGUGUGAAACGAAAAAGGGUGACUAUUGGUGAUGUCUAUGAUGAUGAUGUAGAAGCUAAGUUCUCUGUUUUGGAGCGGGCAGAGAGGGUGAUGUCUAGACUUUCUGAUGAAUUUCCCAUAUUUUUAAAAUGCAUGCUCCCCUCAAAUGUUGCUCAUGGAUUUUGGCUGCAUCUUCCGAAGGCAUUCACAGACAUAUAUUUACCAAGUCAUGACGCUAAUAUUACAUUGGUUGAUGAAUGGGGAAAUGAGUACAAGACCUCUUAUCUAAUGGAAAGGCAUGGACUAAGCGCUGGAUGGAGAGCCUUCUCAAUUUCUCAUAGAUUGCUCAAAGGAGAUCUCUUGAUCUUUUGCUUGAUUGAGCCAUGCAAACUUAAGGUAGCUAUAGUAAGGGUAAAUGGCCCAGAUGUUGUAGAUGCAGCUCUUUGCCUCUUGAACUUGGAUGGUUGUGAGAAAAUAGCCGAUCAAGACCAUUCACGGAAAGAUAAACGUAAAAAGCCAAUGAAAUUCAUAGAGCCAUAUAUCCAUGAUGAUGUGUGUAAACCUGAGGAACGCCAUGUUGAAGAUGGUGCGGGUCAAGUUGAACAUUAUACUGCAAAAGAUUGGGUUUCAGAAGUAGUUUUUGAGGGCAUUCCCACCAACCACCAGCUGAGAGACUCCAGAACGCUUUUGUGUGCAUGAUGUGCGUGUAGAUAGACUGCUGCUGAAAAGGGUUGGAGUUUAUUAGAGAUUCAGAGCUCACACACUCAAUCCAUGUUCCCAAGAGGAUAUAAGUUUUUGUAUAAUUAUUAUAAACGCUUUGGAGGGGUGAGCUAACUGAGCUUUGAUAGCGUCGGUUCCUUUGAUCCCUUAUACCUGAAGUCAUUUUGAUUUUGGAACAGUAUUUCAUUUUUGGGGUUCUCUUUGAGUGGGGAGGGGAGUAAAGAAUAUUUCACCCUUGACCCUCCCAGCUGAGAUGAAAUAUUAUCUGCCUUCAGUGUCUUGAGUAUUUAUCUACCUUGACCUGUAUACAUAUGAAAUGUCAAGAAAAUCUCAGUGAUGUUCAACAUUGUAUACUAUUCUAAGGCUCUCCAGCGGAAUUAUACUUCCAACUUGAUGAACUGCUAUUCUGGACAUGCAAUUCCUACUGCACAG